AUGAUGAUGAUAGUAUCAAUGCAGGUGUAUGGAUAUAGAAGUUGCAUCGAAAGUGAAAGGAAAGGAUUGCUGGAGCUCAAUGCUUAUGUCAACUCUCAGUUUCCAUAUGAUUGGCCUAAUGACACGAACAGCGACUGUUGCAGAUGGGAAAGAGUCAAGUGUGAUCUUACCAGCGGGCGUGUGAUCGGUCUUUUCUUGAAUCAUACUUACAAUGGUGUUCUUUCUUUAAAUCUUUCAUUGUUCCAUCCUUUUGGAGAAUUACAGACUCUAAAUCUAAGUAAUCUCUGGUGUAAAAGCUGGUUCGAUGAUAUCUAUGGUUAUCAAAGCCUUGGGAAAUUGAAAAAUCUUGAGAUUCUAGAUCUUAGUGAAAACGGCAUCAACAACAGUGUCUUACCCUUUAUAACUACCGCUUCAUCGCUCAAAAUUUUGAUUCUACAUGGAAACUAUUUCAAAGGGAGUUCUCUGAUAUUGAAAGAACUACAACACUUGAGAAACCUAGAACUACUGGAUCUAAGCAUGAACGAGUUUAUUGGCCCGGUGCCAGAUUUGGGGUAUUUUCAUAAACUUCAAAGCUUGGACUUGAGCGAUAACGAAUUUUCUGGAUCAUUAGAAAAUAAAGGACUUUGUCAAUUGAAAAAUUUACUGGAGCUUGAUCUGAGUCAAAACAAAUUUACAGGUCCAUUUCCUAAGUGUUUUGGCAGCUUGACCAAACUCCAAGUUCUUGAUAUAUCUUCAAACCAAUUCCAUGGGACGGUUCCAUCUCUUAUAAGAAAUCUUGAAUCUAUCGAGUACCUAUCUCUCUUAGAUAAUGAUUUUGAGGGUUUCUUCUCUUUCGAGUUAGUAGCCAAUUUCUCGAAGCUCAAGGUGUUCAAACUAUCAUCAAGGUCUAGUUUGCUGCAGGUAAAAACAGAAAUCUCCUGGCAUCCGAGGUUUCAGUUGAGUGUCAUACAGUUACAGAACUGUAACUUGGAAAUAGUUCCAAGCUUUCUUAGACACCAGAAGGAUCUGCGUGUAAUUAAUCUCUCCAACAACAAGUUGACCGGAGCAUUUCCCUCUUGGUUUUUGGAGCAAUAUCCAAAACUCCGAGUUUUGCUUUUGCAGGACAACUCUUUCACCAUGUUUCAGUUGCCAAUAAGACUACUUAAUCACAGUUUGCAGAUUUUGGAUGUAUCAAACAAUAACUUUGAUCAACGGCUUCCUAAGAAUAUUGGAAAGGUGCUUCCUAAUACAAGUCAUUUGAAUUUUUCCAACAACGGGUUUCAAGGAAAUUUGCCAUCUUCGGUCGGUGAGAUGAAAAUGAUCAUUUUCUUGGACAUAUCUCAUAAUAAUUUCUCUGGCAGUCUACCAAUGAACUUUCUCAUUGGUUGUGAUUCUUUAUAUAUUUUUAAGCUUUCCUACAACUCAUUCAGUGGCCAAAUGUUUCCAAAAGAAACAAAUCUUAGUGCGUUGGCCUUGUUGAUUGCGAAUAACAAUCUAUUUACUGAGAUUGCAGAUGGAUUGCUUCAUUCAAAUGAUUUAACCGCGCUUGACGUAUCGAAUAAUGACCUACGAGGUGUCAUUCCAAGUUGGUUGGGUUGGUUUCGGUUCACGUAUCUUUCGGUUUCAAAUAAUCUUUUGGAAGGUACAAUACCAAGCAAUCUCUUUAACAUAUCAAAAAAUUCCCUUUUGGAGCUCUCUGGUAACAAGUUUUCAGGAAACUUGCCACCACAUUUUAGUUGUGAUCCUGUGGGUAUGUUGUUUCUUAAUGACAAUGAGUUCAGUGGGCUGAUUCCUGAUACAUUGUUGGAAAAUAUCAUGGUACUCGAUCUGCGAAACAACAAUUUAUCUGGGACCAUACCGCGCUUUGUCAACACUGUAUUCAUCCAAUAUCUUUUAUUGAGGGGUAACAAACUAACAGGUCAUAUUCCUAAGGAUAUUUGUCGUUUGAGUAGUAUCAAGAUUUUGGAUCUGGCUAAUAACAAUUUGAGUGGUUCUAUACCUUCUUGUCUCAACAAUAUAUCAUUUGGAAGAAGCGGCUUUUACAAGUAUGGUUAUGCAAUAGCAACCGGCGGGUUAGUUAAUGAGCGUGGAUCGUAUUUUGGGUCCUUGGUUUUACCAACUGAGUUUGAUCCAGAAUACAGUAGUGAUUUGGAGUUCAUGAUUGAGUUUGCAUCAAAGAGUAGGUAUGACUCCUACACAGAAAGAAGUUUCAACUUCAUGCUUGGACUAGAUUUGUCCAAUAAUGAACUUAGUGGUGAACUUCCUACAGAGCUAGGGGAUCUUCGGAGACUACGUGCUUUGAAUCUUUCUCACAAUUCCUUGUCAGGUUUAAUACCUGAAAGCUUCUCCAAUCUUGCCGAUAUAGAGAGCAUUGAUCUUUCGUUUAAUGCGUUACGCGGACCGAUACCUCAAGAUCUAAGCAAGUUAGACUAUAUGGUUGUGUUCAAUGUGUCGUACAACAGCUUGUCAAACUCCAUUCCAACUCAAGGCAAAUUCUCUACUUUGGAUGAAACCAACUACAUUGGUAAUCCUCUUCUCUGUGGAUUAGUCAUAAACAGAAACUGUGAUGAUGACAACUACACUAUCGGGUUCCUUGAAUCUGAUUCUCAAAGUGAGGAUGAGGAAGCAAUAAUCGAUAUGGAAAUUUUCUACUGGAGCCUUGCUGCCACCUUGGGUGUAACAUGGAUCACAUUUAUUGUCUUUUUUUGCUUUAAUUCACCUUGGCGCCAAGCAUGGUUUCGCUUUGUUGAUACUUUUCUCAAUUUUUUCAAAUGUGUUUAA